UCCGCAAUAAAUUAAAACCAGAUAGAUCCAAUGUCACAUGUAGAAUGACGUUAAACAACCUGUUAUAUCCAAGUACCUACGUAAGUGCCGGCAACAACACCCCACCAUCAUGGUAUGAAUUCUUAUUGAAGCCAGAUUUAAUGAAACAACAUCUAUCCGAAGCAGAUCCUGACCCAAGCGCAAGUUCUUUGAUUAAACAGUUUUUCGAACAGGCGAAUCGUCCGGUUAACGACCAAGGACAAAUCCUCCCCCCACAAGACAAUCUACGUAACAAGAAAGUGAGGAAACUUGCUUUACAAGCUGCUGCUCAUAUGAAAUGGGAUCUGAAUGAAUUGGACGCACAGCUCUCCAUAAGUGUUCGGCAUCAAUUGUUGUCAGAACUGAUGAAGGCUUGUCAUGCCGUUACUCCUCCACCUCAGAAUGCAUUGGAAAGCAUGCAUGACCAUACUAUAUCUGCGCUUGUGUUGUAUUACCGAUGGUCAGCAAGGAUUGUAAUGAAAUCAACUUUCCCAAGGAAGCCAGGCGGAAGGAUAACUCCAACUGUACCUCAAGCUGUACCUUACCAAGCCAACGCCCAGCAACGUAUGGAUGAAUUGAGAAACCAAAUCCUUGGAAUAUUAAAACAGCAGUUAUCAAGCAUGGUGCCUUUUCUUGAAGCCAUACUUCAUCAUAUAGAGCGUCCAAUAUACCUCCCCAGUUAUGAAACCAUUGGUGCAGAACAGUUGUGUUCAACAGAUGAUAAAUCAGUCGAUAUUAUGGUUAGUUGUGAAGAACUUCACGCCCAAAUAAGUUAUGACUUGGGAUGUCUCCACUUUGCGCACAACUUCUUUGACAAAGCUGGGGAAAUGUUCAUAAAUGCAAGAGAAUGGAUGAAAAGAAUAACAUCACAUCAAUCAGCAUUCUGUAGUAUCGAUAAAGAAACCUUGGAAUCUUAUCAAAUAGCCUGUCACAUGCUGGUUAAACCUGAUGAACCGUUGUCUAACUCCAUCCCAUAUGAACACGGAUGUAUCUACAUGAAGGUAGUUAAUUGUUUAAAACAAAAAGAAAAAGGAAUCCAUGAAUUAAAAGACCUGAUUAUUGAAGAUAUUUAUAAAAAGGAAUUGUCCUCUGCAUUUCUUAAUGAUGUUGAGAGGUCUCUGUUGUACAAGGAUGCUACCUUAUAUGGUGGUGAUGCUCUGUUUGAUAUCAAAUGGACAAUGGGUUUGCACCGAGCAGUGAAAGGUGUUGAACAACCUGUUUGUGUAUGGACGGAGGAAAUGAAUGUCGCGCAACUACACAGAAUAAUUGGAUUUGUCCAACAGAUCUCCCCCUACCUUACCAUUGUGGAAUCGGAUAAUGUCGGAAACUUCCUUUGUUCGCUCGCUAAUAAUCUAUCGGAGUCGUCCUUGAGAAGUCAACUGCUUAAUUUUGAAGUCACUCGUCAUCUGAUCAACGGAGAUGAUUUAAACAACCUCGUCUUGAGGUUGGAAGACAAGAAACUGCUCCCUCGUGUGUUGGAAGAUGCUUCCCCGUCAAGUCCGGAGGAUUGUUCCACUUCACCGAGCACCAGUGAUGUCAUCAAAUCAAUGGAGCGUGAACUCCUCAUGACCCUCCAACCCCACGAGAUCAAAGCCACUUUAAACCGCCUUCACUCCGCAACAUCCGGAAGAAGAUUCAACAACCUUUGCCUCCAAUGGGAGCUCCCCGCAUCCUACGGAUCAGCUUUCACCUCCAUUUCCGAUCCCCUCGCAUCCGACUUCAUUCAUAUAUCGAUCGCAAAAGCUCGGCACUGCACAGAUGACCAGGAUUAUUCAUCUUCCAAAUCCAUCCUUCAGUACUUGCAAGCAAACCACACGUCCGACACAAAGUUGCAAAAACUUGUGGGUCGGGAACUUCUUAAAGUUGAACUGCUGGAGUUGCUGACGGAUAACAGCUUAACCUACUCGGAGAAGGACGAAUGCAACGAGCUUCGAACUCAACUAUCCGAUGUGGUCACACGGUGUCGCCACCUAAUAACUAAUUAUUCCGACCAAUCAAAGCAAGACACCUACCAGCAAUUGGUCCAACCCAGUGGUCACUAAUUGUUUAAAUUGUUAGAUUAGCCAUACAUUUCUAAAAAACUCUCUAAAAGAUUGCCUACAAGUUACAUACAUGGUAACUUGUAAUCCGUCACGAUGUGUAUGAAACAGAAAACCCGUAUUAUAACGACUGUCGUUGCCGGCCACCAUGUAAAGAUAAAUUAACUACAUUCAUUUAUUUAAACAAACCUUCCCAAAGAUAAUGGUAUCCCUCCUUACUCACCUACAUCGAUUAUCGCGCAACGAUAUUUUAUCUGACAUUACGUCACCAAACUCCGCUGUGAUCAACGCGUUGUGGCCGGCUAACUUUGAUGGUGCCCCCACUAGUGGUCCCUGUGUCACACUUGCUCUACGUGAAACAAUAACCCAUUGUUUGGCGAUCAAUCAAAAGGACAUUAGUUGGUUACGAACCCAGGGUGACAUGCACUAUGUGUUCGAUAACUUUGGUUCAGCAUUACGAUGUUACUUGUUGAUGGCUGCUUAUGAAACUAACUAUUUCACAUCGAUAACAAUGUCUGGCCCAUAUGAGGAUGAACAGGUGGGAUAUAGUUCGACGAAUGGUGAAAUGUUGUAUGCAAAUGAGAUGUUUCACACAAGCCGCCGUGUUAUGCCAGUUAACCAAAGAAGUUGAUUAUCCAACAGCUUUUAAGGCUUUACAAAGCAACAGGGAGCUCACAGAUGCUGCCGAUCUUCAUUAUCUUGAUCACAUAUGGGAUAUAGAACUACUAGAACACGCGGCUUACGAGCAUAAGGAGGCGGGAGAAGGCGCGAAGAAGUCUAUUGCAGUGAGCGCCCUCGCGCGACCGGAGCUAAACCACAGUAACUCGCCAGCGGUGGGCGCUAGAACGAGGAAAUAUAGAAAAGAACGAUUUUUUCAAGCGAUGGCUCGCCACUAUUUAUGUUGAUAGUGACGUAGCUAAUGUGGUUGUGACAACAAAAUAAAUAUCUUCUGCUUAAAAGAAAUCG